AUGGGCUGUGAGAAUAAACUAGUAUGCGAAGAGUAUUUAAAGCAGUUGAGAGUCAGAAGAAAGAGCUAGGGAAGAGACUGCAAGCAAAUUAAAUCAAAAGUAAGCAUUUCUAUUUGUCUACCUGUGAAAAAUAGACAAGGCUAGUUGCACGUUUUUUUUUUUUUAUCUGGGGAGCUUUUAGACUUUUAGAUGUUUUAGGAGCUCAGAGUUGGACAUCAAACCAACACAAUACGGAUCAAUCUGCACUCUGCAACUUCCUUGAAAAGCUACGGAGAGCUGUCUUGUGAUUUUUGCACUGAUAUUUCAUUAUACUUCAGACUUUCUUUUUGCUAAUUUUAGCUAUUUUUGUAACAAUUCAUCAACACCAAUGUUGAAAGUGGAAUCAAAUGUAGAGAAAAAGGAUGAGAGGGAAAAGGAGAGAGUAGGAACUCAUUUUCCAGGGCUGUUAGAUGGAACAUCUCCCAUGCCAUCCAAAAAGGUGGGCCUUCCCUCUACCACGCCUGGUGGCAUCUAUGCAGCCAUUCUGAAUCGUAACCAUGCUGUUAUUGAUGCUAAGAGGCUGAAGAACUUCGUUGAACUGAGGGAUAAAUACCUGCGUAAAAAUGUGCUGUUUGAAGAUCCCUUUUUUCCUGCUGAUGACUCCUCCCUCUUCUAUAGCCACAAGUUCCCCAUCAAUAUUGAGUGGAAACGCCCAUCCGAGAUCUGUGAAAGCCCCCAGUUCAUUUUAGGAGGAGCCAACAGGACUGACAUCUGCCAGGGAGACCUGGGUGAUUGCUGGCUGCUGGCUGCCAUUGCCUCCUUGACACUGAAUGAGAAGUUGCUUUACAGAGUCAUCCCUGCAGACCAGAGCUUCACAGAGAACUAUGCAGGCAUUUUCCACUUCCAGUUCUGGCGCUAUGGCAACUGGGUAGAUGUUGUAAUAGAUGACCGAAUCCCCACAUUCAAUAACCAAUUGGUUUUUACCAAGUCAGCCAAGCGGAAUGAAUUCUGGAGUGCUCUCCUGGAGAAGGCCUAUGCUAAGCUGCAUGGGUCUUAUGAGGCACUGAAGGGUGGCAACACCACAGAGGCCAUGGAAGACUUCACAGGCGGCGUGACAGAGUUCUAUGAAAUAAAGGAAGCACCUAAAGAUCUAUACAAGAUUAUGAGGAAAGCCCUGGAGAGGGGUUCCCUCAUGGGCUGCUCCAUUGAUGAUACACUGGGAUUCUCACCCCCUCCAAAUGUGCUGGGCUCCCUUAUUGACAAGAUGAUCACUGAUGCCCAGAAGAGCAAGCCUGGGGAUCUGCUAGCUGGGUCCUUGGUUCCAGACCGCUCAGAAACCAGAAUGCCUAAUGGACUUGUCAAAGGCCAUGCCUACUCUGUCACAGGAGUAGUGGAGGUGACAAAGGCUGAUCACAAGAAGACGAAAGUUCAGCUAGUGAGACUACGGAACCCCUGGGGCCAGGUGGAGUGGAACGGGCCUUGGAGUGACAGUUCCAGGGAGUGGGCAUCCAUCUCACAGGUGGACAGAGAGAGGCUGAAGCAUCAUAACACUGAAGAUGGGGACUUCUGGAUGUCCUUUGGGGACUUUAAAAAGAACUUUACUAAGAUUGAGAUCUGCAACCUCACCCCUGAUGCACUGGAGGAAGACAAGAUCCAUAAGUGGACAGUAUCUGUGAAUGAGGGCCGCUGGGUGCGGGGCUGUUCAGCCGGGGGCUGUCGGAACUAUCCAGACACAUUCUGGACAAACCCACAGUACCGCCUGCGUCUUCUGGAGGAGGAUGAUGACCCUGAAGAUAAUGACGUUGCCUGCACUUUUGUUGUGGCACUAAUGCAGAUGAACCGUCGUAAAGAACGCAAGCUGGGUGCCAAUCUCUUCACCAUUGGAUUCAUAAUCUAUGAGGUUCCAGAGGAGAUGCAAGGCAAUCAGCAGCAUAUACCAAAGGAUUUCUUCUUGUUCAAUGCCUCCAAGGCACGAUGCAAGUCCUACAUUAACCUGCGUGAGGUUACACAACGUUUCCGGCUAAGCCCUGGAGAGUAUGUCAUUGUACCCUCCACCUUCGAGCCCCACCGGGAAGGAGAGUUCAUCCUCAGGGUCUUCUCUGAAAAGAGGAGUAUGUCUGAGGAAAUAGAGAACAAGAUUGAGGCCGACCAUUCAGUGCCAGAAAAGAAACCAAAAAAGAAAGAAAAGCCCAUUGUGUUUGUGUCAGACAGAGCAAAAGCCAAUAAGGAGAUAGAGCUGGAUGAGUACGAGAAGCAGAUACCAAAUGGGAAGACAGACAAAGAAAAGCCAAAACCAGGUCUGGCAGAAGAGGAGAGUGAGGAGGACAAGCUGUUUCGUACAAUCUUCCAGCAGAUUGCUGGGGAUGACUUGGAGAUCACUGCCAUUGAACUCAAGAAUGUUCUUAACAAGGUGAUUUCAAAAUACAAAGAAUACAGGGCAGAAGGCUUCACUCUGGAGAGCUGCAGAAGUAUGAUUGCACUAAUGGAUACAGAUGGGACAGGAAGACUGAACUUACAGGAGUUCCGACACCUGUGGAACAAAAUCAAACAGUGGCUGGGUAUUUUCAAACGCUAUGAUGCUGACCACUCUGGCACAAUCAACAGCUAUGAGAUGAGGAGUGCGGUCAAUGAUGCAGGCUUCCGUCUCAACAACCAGCUGUAUGACAUUAUUACUAUGCGCUAUGCCAAUGAGAAAAUGAACAUGGACUUUGACAGUUUCAUCUGCUGCUUGGUGCGACUUGAAGGCAUGUUUCGGGCGUUCCAUGCCUUCGAUAAAGAUGGUGAUGGCAUUAUUAAACUCAAUGUCCUGGAGUGGCUCCAGCUGACCAUGUAUGCCUAAACAGACUCCUUCCCAACACUCGAGGAGCUUGCUUUCAGCCCAGACCUGAGCUGUGGCCUCAGGCCAAUCCAUGCCACUCACAAGCCUGUGAGCCUCACUCUGACCUUUCCUGCACACCGGCCCCACAUCUUUUUCACUUGCUUGCCCCACACUUUCCCACAUACUAGCUUGUGAGUCUCACAACUUCCCACUCACUAGCCUCAUCCAUUCCCACACAGUAGCCUGUAAGCCUCACCCUUCCCUUUACAACACACCUUCCCUACCCUUUCCCACACAUUAGCCUGUAAGCCUCACUUUCCCCUUUUCCAUAUGUGUUUCUAAAGUCGUCAUGAAAAAUAUUUGGCUUUUUGCAUGAUUUUGAGCAGUUUGA